AUGAAGCACAUGACCCCACGCAGCCUGAUGCCCAGCCGGCGAGCUGGUUCGUUGCGCCACACGACCUCACCCUCGUUUUCUCCCGCAACGCUGCUCUCCCUCCACCGGAGCAGCAGCUUCAGCCGAAGAUGGAGCACCUUCAACAACGGGCUGGUCGAGGGCUUCCCCGGUGCUGUGGGCAACACCCCCCUCAUCAAGUUGCGAGGAUUGAGCGAGGAGACCGGGUGCGAGAUCUUGGGCAAGGCCGAAUUCAUGAACCCUGGCGGGAGUGUGAAAGACCGAGCGGCGCUGUACAUUGUGCGCGAUGCCGAAGAGAGGGGUCUCCUCACCAAGGGCGGCACCGUGGUGGAAGGAACCGCCGGCAACACCGGAAUUGGUUUGGCGCACAUCUGCAAGGCGCGAGGCUACAAGUGCAAGAUAUUCAUGCCCAACACGCAGUCGCAGGAGAAGAUCGACCUCCUACGAUCCCUCGGUGCCGAGGUCAUCCCCGUCCCCGCCGUGGCCUACGAUAAUCCGGCCAAUUACAACCACCAGGCGCGAGACUUUGCCCAGGCCACCCCGAACUGCGUGUGGACGGACCAGUUCGACAACGUGGCCAACCGCUACGGCCACUUCUCCACCACGGGACCCGAGAUCUGGUUCCAGACGCAGCACAAAGUCGACGCCUUCACCUGCUCGACCGGUACAGGAGGGACCCUGGCCGGUGUCGGCCUCUUCCUCAAGCAAAAGAAGCCCUCCAUCAAGAUUAUCCUAGCCGACCCUCCGGGAUCCGUCCUCUAUUCGUACGUGAAGGAGGGGAAGUUGGAGCGAGAGGGCAGCUCGAUCACGGAGGGCAUCGGACAGGGCCGCAUCACCAAGAACCUCAAGGACGCGCCGAUCGACGACGCCAUACAGAUCCCCGACGAAGAAACAAUGAGCAUGUUCUUCCGCCUGCUGGACGAAGAGGGCCUGUUUGUGGGCGCGUCGGCUGCGCUCAAUGUGGUGGCGGCCGUGAAGGUGGCCAAGAAACUGGGGCCUGGCCACACGGUGGCGACGGUGCUGUGCGACGGUGCGCAGCGGUACUACUCGCGGCUGCUCAACAAAAAGUGGCUCGACGAGAAGAAGCUCCUCCACACCCUUCCUGACAAGUACCUCCAAUUCCUCCAUUGA